UUGGUAGUGUGGGAAAAAUGGCUUCAGGUGGAGGAGACUCUGGUGAAAAUAAUCAGGAUAUUCCGCCUAACGAGGACGAAAGAACUGUAUUCCAAGAUACUGAAGGGAUUUUCAGACAUUUUAUGUUCCAACGCUAUCAGGAUGAGACACAAAGAGGAGAAGAACAUGGUGAAAUGGACAGUCCUUCGGCCAGCGCACGUCCAGACGCGCUGGAAGAAUUGCGUUCUUGCAAUGACAUCCAUCCAUUUUCACAGCAUGUACCAGUUAUCGGUAGACGCCUCGGAGAGAUAGGCGAUGAAAUAGAUGCUAAAUACAAAGAUCAAUUCAAGGAUAUGAUAGACUCAUUAAGCCUAACGCCAGCAACGGCCUACGAGACAUUUGCCGCAGUCGCUCGGAGGUUGUUUCGUACAGGUAUAAACUGGGGAAGAGUGGUUGCUCUUCUUUGCUUUGGCUACGAAAUUGCCGUGACUGUCAUACGCAGAGGUUUUAGUGGUAGUUUUCUACGUAGAAUCAUACGAUUUGUGGUGGAUUUUAUCUUCAAAGAGCGGAUCGCUCGCUGGAUUGCUCAGCAUGGAGGAUGGAGAGCUGUGAUGGAUUUUCGCCUGUCAGAACCCAGCUGGUACACAGUUGGUAUUGUGCUUUUGUUAGGAACCAUGGCUGUUUUCUUGGCCACUCGGAAAACAUGAUGUAAUUUCUAAAUAAUAAUGAUAUUAUUUUUAUUUCUAAAAUUAUGCCAAAUAAUUUGUGUCUCUUAAUUUUCACUUUAAACAAUGGUUUAACAUCUGGAAUAGUCUGUUUAUAAGGGAGUCAAGAUUUUCCAACAGUUUUCUAUUUAUGUGAUUUUCAUAUAAAGAAAGGUGGACUUAGAAGUUUCACAAACCUUUGUGGAUGAUUCAGCUGUGAAGAUGGAAGCAAUAAGAAGCAUCCUUCACAGCUGUAGUCCUUAGCCACAUUUACUUGUAUUUUAGCAUCCUUAGGGACAUCAAAGUGCAAUUUCAAAAGGAGAGGAUGAAAAUGUAAUUGCCUGCUAAACUUCCUGCUACUAAGAAUAUUGUUUCUUUAUUGAAUGACUUUUUUUCAGUCAGUCUGAAAUCUCAGAAAGUUGUCAACAGAGCAGUGACAAAGCAAUCCAAUCUUGUCAUUGUAGCUGAGACAUGUGUUUUAGUUCCUUUUUACUCAUUGCUUUACUUGCUCCAGAACCUGGAGAUCGAUACUGAUGACAUGGGUGGUGAUUGGUUUUGGGGGCUUAAUAGACUGUUGAAAUGUCAUCCGUUAGCUCAUAAGAUGUGGGAUGAUGAGAAAUCUUUGACUGAAGUUUUUGUAAGUUGGUUCAUGAAAUACGACUUUUUGGAAAGAUGUUCUGUGAAACUGUUAUCAAUGUUCUUCAAUGUCCUUUGUAUCGAUAAUAAUACUAACUGUGGAGAUAAUAAUUUUGAGAAAAAACUUUGAUCACAGGGAUAGAAAAUUUUGAUAUUUGUGGAUUCUAUUGUAUCCCACACCCUCCUCGCGUAAUAACAAACAAUUUUUUGAGACAUGUUUAUAUUGAAGUGAUAUCCAAAAUUAAAAGGGGGUGUGGGAGGGGGCUGAGACCUUUCUUUUAGCUUUGAUUCGAUGCAUAGUUUGGUAAUUACUGGUAAUCCAAGGUAGCUUGAUUUUUGUCAAGGUAAUUGAGUUUAAUAGGCCUCUCCACAAUAAUGACAUUGUUGUAAGGAAGCAAGAGGAACAAAAAAAGAAAUGAUGUAUUGAGUUCUAUAAAAACAGGAUUUUAUUUGAUAACAGCUUCUUGGGAUCAUCAGCACAAUCUUGAAUGGCUGAAUUGCAAAGGAAUACACUCAGAAAACUCAGAUCCUUAUAGGAAUUAAUUCUAACUUACCUUCUCCUUUGCUUUUUACCUCCCAUGCAUUGUAAAUAGGCUAAGCCAAAUGACAAUCUCUGCUCUUGCUUUUGUGUAAAUAGUAUUUGUAUUCUCAAUUAGUAGCUCAAAGCUGAACCCUUAGAAGCGUCACUUGGUUUCUACAGGCUCUUGUUGUAGAAACCUGGGUUGCUUAGCUCAUUUCCAUAAAAGAAAAGUUAUACAUGUUGCUUUAAGACAAUAGUUGCCAUUGACAGCUGAGUCCUGCUAGACCACAAACUUGUGACUGUUUGCAUCGAUAAUUGAGAGCAGUAAAUUAAUCUUAGUUGGUUUCCAUUUCAAGAGUGGGCUACAUGUAGGCUAUAAUGUUCUUGGUAAUGUUCCCAAAAUGAUCUUGAAAGUUCAAACUAACAGUUGAAAUAAUCAAAGUGUUUCUUUGAUCACUUAAGGCUGAACUGAAAAUAAGUGUUUAUUGUCUGAUUUCUGAUUGAAUGUCCAAAACAAUCUUAACCAUGUGCUCACUUAACAGAAUUUUCACCAAAUUUUAGUACAAUAGAGAGCAAGGAAAAAAUUUCUUAUUUUGGUAACAACAACAUCAUUCCAAAAUAAAGAACAAAAAGCUUAAUAACAUAAGAAAUUGUUUCUGGCCCAGUUUUUUGGGCUGAAACUACCCAAAAUUGUGUAAGUGACCUAGUCCUGUUCAGGCUUUCAGUAUUUUCCCUGAGUUUUUACUCUUCACCAUUUCUUGAAAGAAACCUGCCGGACAGUGCUAAAUUCAAAUGAUAUCAAAGAUGUUGAUGAUUUCUAAAAUCCCUGCCAGGGCUUUUGUUGAAAGAACAGACUGUUGACAAUCUUGGUGCUUUUGCAUGAUCACAUGAUUGAAUGAAAUAUGAAUUAUUUAUUGAAACUCUUGAUCAAAAUGUAAAUGUUACUGUCUUGAGUUAAUUAUAUUUGCACACUAGUGUGAGUAUCAGUUGAAAAGAAAUUUAAAUUUAGGGCCUCAUUCAUAUCUGUUUUGCACUUUUCUGAAAUUUCUGAACUCACAAAUUGAGCAGAUUUUGUGGUUAUCUGGUGUGGAGACUUCCAUUGAAAACAAAGCAAAAAUCGAAAGCAAAAUCAGCAUCAGUUGUAAAGCUUAUUAUUCUUAAAUUAUGAUUUUCAACCCAAAACAAAUUGAAGUUUUAGAUUAUCAAUUUUAAUUUUCAGUGUGCAAUUCAGGGGUACAAUUUUUUCUAUGAAUUGUUUUGUAACUUGCAACUAUGUAAGGUUCAGAAUCAUGUCUUUUUUUCAUGCAAUUUAUUUUUAUUUUUUCACUCCUUUCUUGCUUAUACUAAUAAAAAAAAAAGUAAGAUUAGUUUGAGGAGCUCAAAGCUGGAAAAGUUAUUGCUGUAAUUACUAAAUAAAGCCUUGCUUUGUACUUGUCUUCAGUAUGAUUUCUUUGUAUUUGUGUGUUAACUUCUACAGCUGUAUUAAGUCAGGUGUUAAUAUUCACAGCUCAUGCACAUCUGGGAUGGAUAUUAUUG